CCCCCCCCCCUCGAAAUUCCUUUGAAAGGACUCCGCCAAAAUGGUCCGCGCGCUCAAGCACCACGAGAAAAAACUCCUCCGCAAGGUCGACUUCCACACCUACAAGUCGGACAAUAACCACCGCGAGUCGACGAUCCGCACGCGCUACCACCUGCAGGACCCGCUCGACUACCGCAAGUACAACACCCUGUGCGGCUCGCUGCGGCAGUUGGCGCACAAGCUGAGCGAGCUGGACCCCGCCGACCCCGUGCGCCGCAAGCUCGAGGCCGACAUGCUGGACAAGCUGUGGCGCAUGGGGAUCCUGAAGCAGAGCCGUGAGCAGGGCGCCGGCCUGUCGCGGGUCGAGCGCGAGGUCACCGUCUCGGCGUUCUGUCGGCGCCGGUUGGGCGUGUUUAUGGCGCGCAGUGGGAUGGUGGAGAAUGUUGUUGCUGCCAACACAUUCAUCGAACAGGGCCACGUCCGCGUCGGCACGGAGGUCGUCACCGACCCCGCGUACCUGAUCACCCGCAACAUGGAGGACUUUGUGACCUGGGUGGAUAGCAGCAAGAUCAAGAGGACGAUCAUGACCUACAAGAACAAGAUGGAUGAUUUCGAUUUGUUGUGAAUGAUACCCUGCAAGCAAGAAUGGUGUUCUGGCGUUACUUUACUUUCUGUUUCAGUAUAAAAAAGUCUUGGGUGUGGGAUUUAAUAUGAUUGAUUCGGUCAGUCUAGCUGUAUAAAAUAUAAUCCUAAGACAGUUUUCAUGUAAAACCAA